AUGUCUGCUCAAGUUUUAGCUCCAUCCCAAGCUCAAAGCCCAAAUGCGAUUCCUGAUCAUUUUAAGCGACGUUCAGCUAAUUUCUCUCCCACAGACAUUUUCAACAAGUUCAAGGACGAUGACGGGAAAUUUAAGGAAACACUUGUGGAUGAUGUAGUAGGACUGUUGAGCUUGUACGAAGCCACACAUCUUAGGAUGCAUGGAGAGGAUUUACUGGAUGAGGCGCUCACCUUCACCACAACUCAUCUUGAGUCAGUGGAAGCACACCGUUUAAGCCCCUUGCUUGCAAAACAAGUAACCCAUGCCUUGUAUCAACCAUUCUGGAAGGGCUGCCAAAGGCUAGAAGCAAGGCGUUACUUGGCUAUCUUUGAGGAGGAACCUCAUCCAGCAAAUGAAACUCUCCUAACUUUGGUAAAGUUGGAUAUAAACCUAGUGCAGCAAGUCCAUCAGAAAGAACUAAGUGAAAUUUCAAGGUGGUGGAAGGAUUUGGACUUUGUAAACAAGCUUCCUUUUGCAAGAGACAGAGUAGUUGAGUGCUACUUUGGGGCUCUGGGAACCUAUUUUGAGCCCCAAUAUUGCUUUGCUAGGACAUCAUUAAGCAAAGUUUUUGCUGUGACAGCCGCUAUUGAUGACAUUUAUGAUGUGUAUGGCACACAAGAGGAGCUAGAGCUCUUUACUGAAGCUGUUGAAAGGUGUAUUGAAAUCGAAACCCAAUUAAUUUAUAAGUUGUUUAGAUUAUGUCAAGUUAGAGGUUACUCUGAUGAAGCCAAAUGGCUCCACCAGAAAUACACACCAACAAUGGAUGAAUAUAUGGCAGUAGCACUUGGUACAUCCUACAUGAUGCUAUCAACCACGUCCUUUAUUGGAAUGGGAGAUAUUGUCACAAAAAAGUCCUUGGAUUGGGUUCUCAGUGACCCUAAGAUUGUGAACUCUUUAUCAAUACUUGGCAGACUCAUGGAUGACAUGAAGUCCCACAAGUUUGAGCAAAAGAGAGGACAUAUUGCCUCAGCUGUGGAAUGCUACAUGAAAGAGUAUGGUGCCACAGAAGAAGAGACGAUAAUCGAACUCCGAAAACAAGUAAAUAAGGCAUGGAAGGACAUAAAUGAAGAGUUGAUCAACCUCACCACCAUCCCUAUGCCACUACGAUUGAGAAUUCUGAAUUUUGCAUGCUACAGUUUUAGUAAGUGGGCCCGGCAUCGGGGUGAUGUCGGAAUUUCCACAGAAUUCGUCUUGGAUUUCGAAAAAUUCGGGGCGAGUCCUGUCACCAAUGAACUUAUGUACAAGCAUGAAGAUGGCUUUACUCAUGCUGGAGUUGUACUUAAGGAUCUUCUGGUGUCUUUGUUUGUCAACCCUGUGCCCAUAUAG